UCUUAAAUAUUACCUUAGCACUAGCAAGCUCCUGUGUUUCUGACACAGUAACUUUGAUUUAAAGAGCCAAAUCAUAGAGACAUUCUCAAAUCUUACAAUAAUUAUAGUGCUCAGUCCGUGAGAUUUCAUUUCACGGUUCUGACACUGACACCUGACACAUACCACGGGAUCCCUAUUUCUGCUCUCCAUUUUGCUGAUCUCCCCUUCAUUUAUUAGCAACCCAUUGGGAUUUUGAUCGGAAAGUUUAGUUUUUUAUAUUCUGUUUUUUAUUGGUUUUUGCCAUUUCAUCAGUGAUCACACCAUGAUUUGCACGGUGAAACAGCCCGCCAUAUCGAUCGGAGCCUCUGAUGUUUUGCUAUGGAAAAAGGGUUCAACUUUAGCCUCAGCUCAGUCAUGUUCCCUUGUUGUCUCUUCUUCCCACCCAAGGGAAAAGACUGUGAGAUCUCUUUUGUCAGUGCAAAAGCCACUGCACCUUUCAUGUGUGGGGUUGGGAAAUUUUGUUAGGUCUCCGGUGAGGCGUGAACGUGGUGGUGAUCUGGGGACAUGUAGGGCCUAUGAGGCUCAGAGACCGGAGGUGGAAGGGGCUGAUCCAUCAGAGGCUGCUAAGAAGGUGAAAAUUGGUAUAUACUUUGCAACCUGGUGGGCUCUGAAUGUGGUGUUCAAUAUUUAUAACAAGAAGGUGCUGAAUGCGUACCCCUACCCUUGGCUUACCUCAACACUCUCCCUUGCAUGUGGGUCUCUCAUGAUGUUGAUCUCUUGGGCCACCAGGAUAGCCGAGCCUCCUAAGACCGAUCUUGAGUUCUGGAAGAAUUUGUUACCUGUUGCUGUCGCACAUACAAUAGGACAUGUAGCGGCAACUGUUAGCAUGUCAAAAGUUGCAGUAUCAUUCACCCACAUCAUAAAGAGUGGUGAACCAGCUUUCAGUGUUCUUGUUUCCAGAUUUCUUCUGGGUGAGACCUUCCCGGUGCCAGUCUAUCUGUCCUUAAUUCCUAUCAUUGGUGGAUGUGCACUUGCAGCUGUUACUGAGCUAAACUUCAACAUGAUUGGUUUUAUGGGGGCUAUGAUAUCGAAUUUGGCAUUCGUGUUCCGUAACAUAUUUUCAAAGAAGGGCAUGAAAGGAAAGGCUGUUAGUGGAAUGAACUACUAUGCGUGUUUAUCUAUGUUGUCUCUUGUAAUACUCACACCUUUUGCGAUUGCUGUGGAGGGACCACAGAUGUGGGCAGCUGGAUGGCAAGCAGCACUCUCUCAAAUUGGACCUCAAUUUAUAUGGUGGGUGGCAGCUCAGAGUAUAUUCUAUCACCUGUAUAAUCAGGUGUCAUACAUGUCUCUGGAUGAGAUAUCUCCUUUGACAUUUAGCAUUGGAAACACCAUGAAACGUAUAUCUGUUAUAGUUUCUUCAAUCAUCAUCUUCCACACACCAGUUCAGCCUGUUAACGCUCUUGGAGCUGCUAUUGCCAUCCUCGGAACCUUCUUGUAUUCACAGUCAAAGCAGUAGAGUGGAGGAGUCAUAAAAGUCACUGGUAGAUGGAUUUUGGUAAAAGUCUGAAGGAUCCGGCACUUUUGUCUAUUUCUAUGUGAAUAAUAAUAGUUAAUAAUGAUGAGCUGCUGAGGAACAUUAUCAUUAGACAUUAUUAGUUUUUCUGCUCCUUCUCUAUGUCUAAAUUAUCAUCAAGUUUGAGGAAUAAAUGAGUUUGUUUAGUCUGAGAAAUUUCUCAAAAACAUGUCAUACUAUUAUAGUUUUUCUA